GACCGCCCUGCGCACUGGUCUACCCCGGGCAAUGGCCAGCCCUGCGCAUUGGCCUAGCGCCCAGGAGGGCGGGUCCGGUGGCAGCGCAUAUCCGGUCCGUGGCCAGUCCCGGCGCGCACCGCCCCUUCCGCCGCCGUCCCCCCGAGCCCGGCUCCAGCCCCGCCCGGCAGCACCGGUGUCGCUACGGAGCGCGGCGGUAGCCGACUGCGCUGACGACCCGCUCGGACUCGCGAUUCCCCGCCGCCGUCAUGAACAUCCGCAAUGCUAGGCCCGAGGACCUGAUGAACAUGCAGCACUGUAACCUGCUCUGCCUGCCCGAGAACUACCAGAUGAAGUACUACUUCUACCACGGCCUCUCGUGGCCCCAGCUCUCCUACAUUGCGGAGGAUGAGAACGGGAAGAUCGUGGGCUAUGUCCUGGCCAAAAUGGAAGAAGACCCAGACGACGUACCCCACGGACACAUCACAUCACUGGCUGUGAAGCGUUCCCAUCGACGCCUUGGCCUGGCCCAGAAGCUGAUGGACCAGGCCUCCCGAGCUAUGAUCGAGAACUUCAACGCCAAAUAUGUCUCCCUGCACGUCAGGAAGAGUAACCGGGCCGCCCUGCACCUCUACUCCAACACCCUCAACUUUCAGAUCAGUGAAGUGGAGCCCAAGUACUACGCAGACGGGGAAGAUGCCUACGCCAUGAAGCGGGACCUCACCCAGAUGGCAGACGAGCUGAGGCGGCAGCUGGAACUGAAGGAGAAGGGCAGGCACGUGGUGCUGGGGCCCAUCGAGAACAAGGUGGAGGCCAAAGGCAGCUCACUUCCAGGCUCGGGCGAGGCCUGCCGGGAGGAGAAGGGCCUGGCUGCAGAGGAUAGUGGUGGUGACAGCAAGGACCUCAGUGAAGUCAGCGAGGCCACCGAGAGCACUGACGUCAAGGACAGCUCAGAGGCCUCCGACUCGGCCUCCUAGAGCCUGC